AUCCCAUUAAUUACAAAACCUUCUUCAUAGUCCUUUCAAUAUUUCCUACGCUCUUUUUUUUACCUAGCUCUUCAAGCUUGCCUCAUUACCAUGGCUUCAUCUCUAUCUGAAACAAUAACCACCGACGAUGCAUCAUCGGAAAACAACAACGUUACCAUCACCGGAAAGAUAUACACAAGACUUCGUCUCGCUACGAAAUCCGAUCUGUCUCAUAUAUACCAAUUAUUUUACCAAAUCCAUGCAUACCAUAACAACACUCAUUUAUACAAAGCUACCGAGUCCUCCUUAGCUAACUUGCUCUUUAAAGAAAACCCUCUUCCACUUUUCUACGGGCCAUCUGUACUUCUACUCGAAGUCUCUCCAACACCUUUUAACGAACCUAAAAAUACCACAGACGAAGGGUUCAAGCCCGUCCUUACAACGUUCGACCUUAAAUUCCCUGUAGUGGAAGGACAAGUUGAGGAGUUCCGAUCAAAAUAUGAUGACAAGAGUGAUGUUUACAUAGCGGGAUAUGCUUUCUUUUACGCGAAUUAUUCAUGUUUUUAUGACGAGCCUGGAUUUUAUUUUGAGAGUCUUUACUUCAGAGAGAGUUAUAGAAAGUUGGGAAUGGGGAGUUUGUUGUUUGGGACAGUUGCAUCCAUUGCUGCCAACAAUGGGUUCGUUUCGGUAGAGGGAAUAGUAGCAGUUUGGAAUAAGAAGUCAUAUGAUUUUUACAUAAAUAUGGGAGUUGAAAUUUUUGAUGAGUUUAGGUAUGGCAAAUUGCAUGGUGAAAAUCUUCAAAAGUAUGCUGAUAACAAGGACAAAAAUGAUGGAGGAAACUGAUAGUUGAA